CGCUAUAUACCCGCUGAUGCACUUUCAUUGUUAGAUCGGUAAAGCGUACACUUCCAACUCCGUGUUAUUCCGUCUGUCCAACGCAUUGCCGGUGGUCCACCGAUUACAAGCCAAACUCAUGAAUCAUCACACUCACUAUUCGACAUAAUUUGUCCAUUCCGAAGGUUUCCGUUUUCCUAUAGUGCACUUAAUGUGCCGAUCACCGUGGUCUCGCUUUUGUCAAAUCACACUCCCCCGAAAUGUCAUCAAAGGAGUCAGGCACAUUGAGCACUGAUGAGGAGUUUCAAAUCAUUGAUGCCUCACACUUCAGGUCGGAUGAGCAAGAAUUCGGUUUGGAGUUUCAUCUUAAUCUGCCCUGCCCAGUCUGUGCUUCGUUUCAGAGCAAAUUCAUUUGUGAAAAAUGCAUUAAUUCUGGGUCAUUCACUCACUCCCGCAGCCCGAACGGUCCUUAUUAUUCCGAGCUUUGCAAUCGGAUGAGAUUCAUCAAUGAUAGUAUCAAGGCUCUGAGCGAAACAGUCAUCAAUCGAAUACCCAAGAUGCCGGGGCCUAUAGAGGAAUUGAAAGCAUUGAGUCGUUCUUUGAGGUGUACUAUAAACUACCAUGUCGAGCAACACAAUAAAAAACGUGAAUUGUCUGCCCAGCUCAGGCUUCGCUUGAACUACUGCCGGACUAGUUUACAACAGUUAUCCAGAAACCAGUUGUUCCUGACAAAACACUUCAGUUCUAUAACACAGAAAAAACAGUUACUGUUAAGGAGUUUAGAAAAGAACAGUCGUCAAAUAGAACGUUUGCGGACUUCAUAUUUCAGAGAGCUUCUACGCUCCCAUUUCACCAUCGAGUUGUCUGUGAACGGUGACACUGAUCGGUUUUCCGGAGCGGCUUUGUACAUAGACAAGGAGAAUGUGUUUGUCGGUCCGGAGCCUAGGUUGUCCAGUCACACCGCAUUGACAUACUGUGUCCCGGCUAUUCUCGCAGCAGCCAUAUUUGCGGACGUAUGGCUUCCACCGACCGUUAUGCAGCACCUUUGUCUUUCUGGAUCCUUUCUAGCCGGUCUCCCUCAAAGAGACAACCUGGGCCGCGUGUAUUCAGCAGUGCUCCAUUCUGUACAUAUGCUUUGUGCCAGUCGCCGAAUCUGUGUGAGGGAGGCCGUGGGCCGUUUAGGAUUUCCAUUGCAUCCAAACCACUCGGAAUACAACCCUUUGGCCGGUCUUUACUGUUUGGCAGCAUCUGAAGCACAAAGGGAAUUUGACGCACCUUACCAUCAUUCUCUGGACGGAUUUUUCGGUGUCGUCCAACCUCCACUCUUGAAUUCAGAUGAGCUGCAACGCCUUAUCGGAUGUCAGCUGCAACAAGUCGAACAGGGCAAGGAAGUUAAUGAAAUUGAAGAGUCAUCACUCACAGAAGGAAGCACUUCCGAUUGGAGCACCUCGUCACGAGUGCUUUCACCCGUUCGCAGAACCAGCGCAUCUCCCCGCGAAACUUCCGUUGUUGUCGCGGAACAGGACCGUUGGGAGUUCAUUGGCGCUACCCCUAGACCUGGUAUUCAUCAGCUUCCGCAGUCGAUCGAAUCGGCCAAAAAGUUCACUUGACUUUUCCAUUUCGUAAUACAGACAGAAAACCUACUAUCUUUGCUUUCUGAUACCCUGCUUUUUUCAGAUGAGAAACCUGAGCUCACUUUCACUGUCUUCAAACUGUUCCGUAUCUUAAUCGUAUUUUCACUUUUAAAUAUAGCCAAUAUUUCUUUCCAA